AGAAAGAGAAGAAAAUGGCCGUCUGUGAUUAUUCUCUAUAAUUUCUAGAGAGAGAGAGAAGAAAAAGAUUAGUCUUUUUUAUUUUUUAUUUUGCUUCUUGAAAGAAAAAUAAAGAAUAAAAGUAGCAGUAAUAAUACGUUCUCGCCAUUUGCGCCAUUGAUUAAUUCAAGUGCGUUGAAGUAGAGCUUUGAUCUUUUAGGGUUUUCUCGAGUGUGGUGUGAUUCAGUAAAACUGCAUUAUUAUACAUCCGUGGUCCAAAUUUCGAUCUGAUCUCCGGUGAAGCAAUGGGUGAUACAGAGAAGUGUAGUAACACAACUGAUCAUAUGAUCCACAGACUUCACUCUUCUCUCGGUACCUCUUCUUCUUCCAUUCCCAAACAUGCUUCCUCCCCAAUCCAUCAGCAGCAGCUCGAUUUAAACCCUAAUUUCCUCCGCUCUUCUACUACUACUACUCCUCAAUUCUCCAACUGUGCCAAACGAAUCGGUGUUCCUCCCUCUCACCCUAACUUAAUCCCACCACCGACUUCUCCUUUUUCUCAGAUCCCUACCUCCCGACAACAACCCUCUUCUCUCCAUUCUCAUUCACGUUCACUGUCUCAGCCCAACUCGUUCUUCUCCUUCGACUCUUUGCCUCCUUUAAGCCCUUCUCCCUUCCGCGAUUCUCUCUCCUCCGCCGCUCAACUACCAGAUCACGAUGUCUCCAUGGAGGAUCCAGAUUCCGCCGCCUUUUCUUCGCCCUUCACCAGGUGUAAUAACUCCACCUCUUCCGUAAGACCCGGUGAGAGUCUACCUCCCAGGAAGUCUCAUAGACGCUCCAGCAGUGAUAUUCCCACCGGCUUUAAUAAUUCGCUGCCUCCAAGACCCUUGGAGAGGUCUUUCUCUGGUGGGGAAUGUGCUGAUUGGUCAAAGUCUGCUCCUUUCGUCAAGAAGGAGUCCAGCUGCGAAAGGGAAGGCGUUGGAGACAGAGAAGCCAUGGAUGAUCUCUUCUCUGCGUAUAUGAAUCUUGAAAACAUUGAUGUAUUGAACUCCUCCGAAGCUGAGGAUAGCAAGAACGGAGGAGGUACUAAUAAUAAUGAGAAUCGGGAUGAUAUGGAGAGCAGCAGGGCAAGCGGGAACAAGACUAAUAAUGGUAGUAGUGAUACGGAAGGAGAGAGCAGCAGUGUGAAUGAGAGUGCUAAUACAGGAGUCAAGAGAAGAGCCGCUGGAGGAGAUAUUGCUCCUACCACCAGACAUUACAGGAGUGUUUCUGUCGACAGCUGUUUCAUGGACAAGUUUUCUUUUGGUGAGGAAUCGCUCAAGCCGCCUCUUUCUCCCGGUACUAUCUCGAGGAAAGUUUCCCCUACUAACUCGGUUGAUGGGAAUUCGGGUGCUGCUGCUGCUGCUUUCAGCAUUGAGUUUAAAAACGGUGAGUUUACUGCUGCGGAAUUGAAGAAGAUCAUGGCUAAUGAUAAACUAGCUGAGAUGGCUAUGUCUGAUCCUAAGCGUGUCAAAAGAAUCUUGGCAAACCGUCAGUCAGCAGCACGAUCAAAGGAGAGGAAGAUGCGGUACAUUGUUGAAUUGGAACACAAAGUGCAGACUCUUCAGACCGAGGCUACUACAUUGUCUGCUCAGCUCACGCUUUUGCAGAGAGAUAUGAUUGGGCUGACAAAUCAGAACAAUGAGCUCAAGUUCCGUCUUCAAGCAAUGGAGCAACAAGCACGUCUUCGUGAUGCUCUGAACGAAGCACUGAAUGGGGAAGUCCAGCGACUGAAACUGGCAAUCGGUGAGACCAGCCACAACGAAUCUGAGAGAUCAAAGAUGCAAUCACUCAACGCUGAGAUGUUCCAGCAACUCAACAUCAGCCAGUUAAGACAGCAGCCACAACAGUCUCAGCAGAACCAGAAUGGAACCAUGGCGUUGGCAACAAAACCUGAAUCUAAUGAAUAGAGAGCAGACAAGUUGUUGCGGUGGUGGUUGGAUCAAAAGGGUUGGAGUUUUUAGUUUUGAAGUUACAUAUCAAAAUCAAACAUUAUAUUUUUUAUUUAUGUGCAGAGUCAGUUGAAUUUACAUAUACUACUAUAUCAUAUAAGACGUAAUAAGUCCAAGAGAUUUAAUUUUACAGUAUGUUAUUUUAGAAAGAAAAAAAUUCAAUUUAUGGUAGAUAGGUAUGAAACUGGUCAUAUAUGUAAUGAAGGUUCAAGAGUUUGAACUUGAGAGACAAAACCUCUCUGUUUGUUUUGUUUUA